AUGGAUGCAAUAAGCCAAACUCAUCCAUUGGUUUGGAUUGAUUGCGAGAUGACAGGACUCGAUAUUGAAAAGGAUGUCAUCAUCGAAAUCUCAUGUAUAAUUACGAAUGGAAAUUUAGAGAUCCUGGAUAAGGAAGGUUGGAAUGCUGUGAUUCAUCAGGAUAAAGAGACGAUGGAUAAAAUGGACGAAUGGUGUACCAAAACCCAUGCCUCCACCGGUCUAACAUCCGAAGUUCUCUCCUCUCGCACUACACCCGCCAGUGCUGCAAACUCUCUCCUCUACUACAUCAAAAAAUACAUCCCACAGCCUCAACGUGGAGUCCUGGCGGGAAAUAGCGUGCACGCCGAUAAAGCAUUCCUGAGCAAAGGACCAUACAAAAAAGUACUCGAGCACUUACAUUACCGAAUCUUAGAUGUGAGUAGUAUCAAUGAAGCAGCGAAGCGUUGGUGCAGUCUAGAUGUUUUGGUGGAGCAGCCUAGGAAAAAGAAGAUACAUAGGGGUAGAGAUGAUAUUGAGGAGAGUAUUGAGGAGGCGAGAUAUUGGAAGGAGAGGAUUUUCAAAACGGCUAAGUGA